AAUGCUGAUCUUCUUAUGUUGUUUUUUCAUUGGCUGGUUAUAAAAUAGGCUGGGGCCACGAAGAACGAGGUUAAGUACGCAAUGUGUUAAUGAAAUGUAUAUUUGCCUGAAAGCCGGUUUCUUUAAAACAUAAGCACUGUUAAUUACAAAACUAAAGCUAGAUUAUAACCUUUACUAAAGAAACAGGUGUUUGAUAUGUAGAACUGCGUGACACUAGAAUUUGUGCCAACCAUUUUAUAGUUUCAAUUUGUCUACGUUUUCCCUAUGAAUAAAAGGCAUAGCAAUCACCUUUGAUUAUUUAUCUAUAAUUUAUUAUAUAGUUAUUGGUGGCUGUUGUUUCUCUUUAUGCCCAAGUCCGACUGCCUACUACACACGUAACAAUCGUACUCUUAUUUUGAAAUUGCGUGAAACAUGAGAGUCCAUCAGAAAAACUUUAUCUGAUAAAGUAUAAAUGAACCUUGCUUAGUGGGGCGUUAAGUUUUCUGUAGUAACGUUCACUACGCUGUUGUCUUAUUUGUUUUAUAAGUUUCUAGCAAGGUCAUUUUAUUGUUAAAAAAACGUAGAAUACAAUCUUCCGGCUGAAAAUGCAAGUUUACACAAAGCAAGUUGUGGACUUUGUGGAGGAGCACCGUACUGCAUGCACUAUCGUCCUUGUUUCAGGUGUUGGUCUCUUUGCCCUGCGGAGAUGGAUGGGCGGUGGAGUCUGCCGAAGCAAAGCACUCUUGGACGGAAAAACUGUUCUCAUAACAGGAGCUAACACUGGUAUCGGCAAGGAAACUGCAGUGGAUUUGGCCAGGAGAGGUGCCAAGGUGAUCUUGGCCUGCAGAGACAUGGGUAGAGCUAGCAAGGCAGCAGAAGAGAUCAAGAAAAGGAGCGGAAAUGAUAAAGUUAUUGUGAGGAGGUUGGAUCUGGCCUCCUUGAAAUCUGUUAGAGCUCUAGCCAAAGAAAUACAGGAGACCGAAGACAGAUUGGACAUUCUGAUAAACAACGCUGGAAUAAUGAUGUGCCCAAAGUGGGAAACAGAAGAUGGCUUUGAAAUGCAGUUUGGGGUGAACCACCUAGGCCAUUUUCUGCUUACCAACUUACUUCUGGACUUGUUAAAGAAAUCAACACCCAGUCGUGUUGUCAAUGUUUCCAGCCUGGCCCAUGAGACGGGCAAAAUCCAUUUUGACGAUAUAAAUAUGGACAAAAACUACAAUCCCCACACAAGCUAUCUGCAGAGCAAGCUUGCUAAUGUUCUGUUUAACCGUGAACUAGCAGCCAGGUUGAAAGGUACAGGAGUGACAACUUGCGCCCUUCAUCCUGGGGUGAUCCGUACUGAACUGGGCCGACACUUCUUUUCUCAACUGUGGAAAAGGAUUCUGUUUUUGCCCUUCACAUUUUUCAUUAAAACACCCUGGGAGGGUGCGCAGACCACCAUCUACUGUGCUGUGGAAGGGAGUCUAAAGGAUUCCAGUGGCCUUUAUUACAGUGACUGUGCACCCAAACUGGCAGCUCCUCAGGGUAGAGAUGAUGCUGUAGCCCGCAGGCUGUGGGACCUCAGCGCUUCCAUGGUGGGCCUGGAUUGAAACCAUGAAUUGUCUAAUGAAUAUCACUUUUUCACACUUUUUAAUUGCAUUCAAAAUUAUAUUAGACAAAUCUGCUUAAUUUAAAUGAAGAACAAAGAGCCUGUGUGAGCAAGAAUGUUUUGAAUUAGAAUUUUUAAAUAUCAGAAUGAAGUGCCUAUACAACAUGAUAUACCACAACAUAAAGCAAUUUUCGAAGUAUUGAUUCAUUAUUGACACAUUUGAUGCAUCAUAUGACUAUUAGCCAUAUUUUAUGCUGUACAAUUUAAAUAUUUAAUAUACAUUUUAAAACAGAUUUUAUUACUAGUGCCUAGAUACUUUUGCUUUUUAAUAUUUUAAAAUGUAAAAUUAAUAAGUAUAGUAAUCAUUAAGCCUUUUUUUGAACAAUAAAAUAAAGGCAUGGAUUACA